UUUAGGGAUUUAACUUGAAAGUUGCGAUGUGCGUUAAAGUGCCAUGUCCUUCGCGAGAGCGGUAAAAAUGCCUCAAAAUAACGUUACACAUAAACGAAAAUCGUAGAAAAAAACGUUCGAAAUGUUUUAUCAUUCGUAACGUAUGCCGUUUACCGUCGUUGUAACGUUACGGUUAUUCUUUUUUGUGGUGGUAUGCCCAAAAAAUUUCGUACACACAUCAACAUGGACGAAAUAGGUGCUACGGUUAAUAAACAAUCAUCAAUAGGCAGCGAUUCAACGGGAGAUGACCAGAAUAAAUUAGAACACACUUCUCUUCCCCUUGAUAAACGGAUAUGUUUGGUUGGAAACGUUGUGAAAAAUACCUCCAUCUGUACUACAGCCCAAUCAUUUGGCGUUCCUGUACUCACAUCGGAAAAUGGCCUCGAAUACAGCAAAGAUCAAACUUGCUCCACGGUUUUUGUGGUAGAAUCUUUUGAGGGAAACGAUUAUGAACAACUAUUUAAAUCGCGACAUCCCCUUUUGGGACCACCAGCUUUGCAACAACUAUUAAAUCGUAAUGAAAAACUGCCUAAUAACACAAGACCUUUAUAUAAUUUAGCUAUGAGUGGAGUUGUUGUUUGUUUUACUGGAUUUAGAAAUAAGGAUGAAUUAACUAAAUUAGUUCCUCUUGUACAUCAUAUGGGAGGCUCAAUACGCAAAGAAAUGUCUGCAAAGGUUACCCAUUUAAUCGCAAACGUCGCUGGAGGUGAUAAAUAUCAAUAUGCAGCCACUUUUCGUGUUCCUAUUAUGCACUUAAACUGGGUAUUCUCCAGCUGGGAAAAUAGGAACGACGUUAAUUUUACAUCUACAAUAGACACAUUUAUGGCUGAACACAAAUUAAAACCGUUUUAUGGGGCGAAAGUAUGUUUUGCUGGAUUCCCAGAGGAAGAAGAAAAGCAUAUGACGGAAGUGCUCGAGGCAAACGGCGGGUGUAUCACUGUUAUAGACGAUCCGCAAUGUACACAUGUGGUGACCGAAAUGGAAUCGUACCCGGAAACGACAUCAGCCGCCUCCAUAACCCCCAUACCCUCCUCAACAGCAAUAAUAACACCUUCCGAAACAUUAAAUCCAACUCCGAUGACCACCACUCCCGUUUUAUCGUCAAAAAUCACAACUCCGUUUGCGAAAUUAGAAACUCUCCAUGAAAAAUCGCACGACAAUGAAAUUUGCGUCGAUUUAAAAGCGUCGGAUUCAAAUUCCGAUUUGUAUAAGACCUCUUCGAGUACGCGUAAACGUAAGAUGAUGUCGCCGGAUCGCGGGCAAAGUUUUAUUAAAAGGAAACGAGAUACGAUGACGACGAGUUAUAGUGAAAAUGCGAAGAAAAAAAUUUCGAAUUUUUUAAAAAGUCACAUUUUUGCGAAUAAUCGUAGAAGAACUUUGGAUGGAACGGAAACUAGUUUUAAUCAGGAAAUUAGUUUUGACGAGGGGGCUAGUAUCGCCUCGACUUCGGGCUUCUUUGAGGUUGAAACGAUGGAGAAAACGAUUGGGAGGAUUAGUCUUACACCAAGUACGAGUAACUCAGCCCAACCGAAAAAAGCGAGAAAAAAUUUGUUUUUACGAACGUUUAGUUCGUCGAAAUUCAAACAACCCGCAAGCGCUAAGAAGCGGGAUCAUAAAAAUGUAGAAUUGGAGAAUUCUGUGACGGAUGGUAGCGGAGGGGAUAAAUUUUUAAAUAAUUCCUGUUUUCCUGAUUUAUCCUUUAUUUCCGUUUCUGAGUACGACAUCCGGGCGAACUGUACUAGUAGCAGGAUGAUGGAUCAACAUCAUGGAAACUUUAUUCAUUGCGCGGUUGUCGAUGAAUCUACCGUUGGUGAAAAACUGGAAGGACCCCCAAAAGCCCACAUUGUCAAAGCUGAAUGGUUUUGGACAUCCGUACAAAAAGGCAUCAGUUUAGAAGAAAAAGAUUAUUUAUUCGGCGACUAUAUCAAUCAAGUUCUCUCACCGAAUACCCGAAGAGAUUCACACCAAGCAACGCCGAGCAGUGCCAGUCGGAGGAAACGGAAACGGCUCUACGAGACAUUAUCGUCUUUGGCUCAACAACAAUCGCCAGGUUUACAUAAUAAACGUAGAUCGUCAAUUGUUAGUGACGCUGGAUUGUUGUCAGUUUCGGGUUCGUUUUUGGACUGCACCGCCAGCCCUGACAAACCGGGCGAUGUUGGGGGAGAACCCGCGAUUCCUGAUACUCCCAGAAAAGGACUCACAGCACGUCAACAGGUUUUCUUGGAACUCGUCCAAACAGAAUCCAAUUAUGUCAACAUCUUAAACAUUAUUAUGACUAUGUUUAAAGAACAGUUAGAAAAUUCGACAGAUGAAGAAGCUUUAUUAAAUAAUACAGAAUUAAAAAUAAUUUUUGGAAAUCUCCCACCGAUUUAUGAAACUCAUUUGAAAAUGCUCGAAGAAUUACGGCGAAUGUCCGCUUAUUGGACGGAAGAUAAAAGUAUAGGAAGUAUUAUUUUAAAAUAUUCGACGGAUCUCCUAAAAGCGUAUCCACCGUUUGUAAAUUUUUUUGAAGAAAUGAAAAGCAUGUUGGUGCAUUGCGAUCAAACGAAACCGCGAUUUCACGCGUUUUUAAAAGCGUGCCAAACUAAGCCGGAAUGUGGACGACAAAGUCUACAAGAACUCCUCAUAAGACCCGUUCAAAGACUACCCAGUAUAAGUUUAUUAUUAAACGACAUUUUGAAAAACACCCCGAAAAAUAACGCUGAUCAUGCCGCUUUAGAAAAAGCUUUAGCUUCAAUUAGGGAGGUUAUGAAACAUAUCAAUGAAGAUAAAAGAAAGACUGAAGGGCAAAGGGUUAUGUUUGAUAUUUUUAACGAAAUUGAUAAUUGUCCUCCUGAUUUAGUAUCAUCACAUAGAAAUUUUGUCGCAAAAUCAGAAGUGAUCCAAUUGUCAUCAUCCGAAGGUUUAUCAAGUAAAGGAAAUCCCUUGGUGUUGUUUCUUUUUUCUGAUCAAUUGGAGGUGUGCAAAAAACGUUCGAAAGCUUUCAACACAUUGAAAUCGCCGAAUACGGUUAAUGGUGUCCAUAAGAAUUCAUCAAUAAAACCGUACAAACACGUCAAGUUGAUGUCUUUGAGUACGAUUAAACGGGUAAUCGAUAUCAAAGAAACCGAAGAUUGUCAACGAGUUUUUAGCUUGGUUUUUCGCAACACUGAAGAACUUAAAGAACGGGUUUGUUCAUUUGCUAUGACUGAUGAAGAAAGCGAUAAAGUUGCGUUCUUGAAAACUUUAUGCAAACAAAUGGCUACAAAUGCUUGUACAGCAGAUUCGGAAAAAUUUAUGGCUUAUUUAGAACCUCAUCAAUUAGAUAUUGAUACAAGUGAUAUAAAUCAUGGGACAUUAUCUAGAGCUUUUAAGUUUGCAACGAAAACUCGUUUAAGAGUCGGUCGAGCGUUUUCUUUUAAUAAAACGCCGUCGAAAUUAAAACGGGCGGUUUCUUCAAUGAUGUCUCCAUUUGGCAGCUCAACCAAUUUAACACCAGCGUCUCAAUUGGCUCAAAUGAGACUUGCAAGUUAUAAUAAUAUAAGUGAAUUAGGUAAUGCAGAAAACGCAAGUGAAUCACCGCCGCAAGCUCCAAUGUCAGUGCAACCAACUCGAAAAAUGAAAGCGUCAUCGUUAGGGGUAAACGCAUUAAAACGUCUGUAACACUUAUUUAUAUUUUAUAAGUUUUUUCUCUUUUUAAAUUUUAUUCAUAUAUAUUUGUAAAUAUCUAAGUUUAACGGUUUAAUAUAUAAGGAUGAUAUAAAUUUUGCUAUUCGUAAUUUUAUUGUAACUUUGCUCUUUUUAUAAAGAUAGGUUGUAAAUUAUUGAUUUUAUCGCUAAAUUGAAUUGUCUCUCAUUGAUAUCAUUUUAAACGCUCGAACUACUUAUACAAUGAAGUCAUUACUAUUUUGUUUGUUCUGUCGAAUUUGGCUGUUUUUAUUACGAAUGUUUUCAAACAGGUCUUGAAAUGUCUUCGUUUUUAUUGAAUUUCGUUCAUAUCAAUUAAUGUAAUUGCCAAAAAGUCUUUUCAAAAACUGUGCUUUAAUAUAUUUUUGAUAUCA